AGAGAGAGAGAGAGGACAAGCCACGAAGAAGCUGCGGCCAUGAAUGGACCCGUGAGCGAGCCGGAGAUGGCGGGCAUCCUCGUGCACGCCAAGCUGGCCGCAAAGAACGACCGGGCCCAACGCGACCGCCUCCUGCAGUUCCAGCUCCAGCUGCUGGCCCCGUCCCCGGUGGCCGGCGAGGGCAACGACGGCGCGGACCUGCCGCUCAAGGAGAUCGCCUCCGGCCUCCUGGACGUGUGCUACAGCCGCAUCGAGAUGGCCGCCCGCAGCCUCGCCACGUCCUUCAAGCUGGCGGUCAAGAACGGCAUGCACCCCUCGCUGCCGCUCUACUUCGGGGAGAUCCCGGACGAGAAGCUGUUCGACUGCCUCCUCACGCUGCGCCUGCCCCGCCGCCCGGCCAACCAGUUCCAGGCCCUGGCGCGCGUGGAGGCCGCCUACUACGCCGUCAAGUGUAUCCAGGAGCACUUCCUCCCCCGCUGCGUCGAGCACCUCGGCUACCCGUACCUGGCGUACGCCGCGAGCGACGACGACGACUCGGAAGACAGCCUCCCGGACACCGGCGACGACUGCAAGAUCGGCCUGCCACUGCCAGAACCAGUCACCACCAAGCACCUCGUCGAGACCGGCAUGCCGGACCCGGUCGCCGUCGUCACCGAGGACCUCGCCAAGAUCGGCCUCUCGGACACGGACGCCACCGCCACCAAGAACCUCGCCAAGAACAUCCUGCCUGACUCGGACGCUGCCGCCAUCGAGCCCACUGAGGACAGCGGCAAGAUCGACGGCCUCCCCGUCCCCGCCCCCGCCGCCUCCGCUACCGGCGAGACCACGCAGGCGGCAAGCGUCGACCUGGACCAGGCUCGCACCUACCUCAACCGCGCCUGCACCCUCGCGAAACUCGCCGCGAAGAGCAUCGACCUCGCCGUCACCACCAUCUCCAGCUUCGCCUACGCCAAAGAGGUCGCCGCAAUCUCCAACUUCGUCGACCGACUUAGUUAUACCUAGACUACCUAAUAACCUUCAGGGGGCAGAGGCAGGAAGAAGAGCAAAGGCAUCUAUUAGCACCUAUCAAAUCAAUCUAGCACUUUUGUUCUUCACUUGAUCGAGGAUGUCGAGCGAUCUUUGCGAUGUUGAUUGAUUCAAGCCAGCUCUUAGGAGUUGUUGGUUAAGUUAUGCAUUAAUCCUGUAGUUCAUGCGUUCUUCUUUCA